AUGGCUGAACGAGAGGCAGCAGACAUGGCUAAUCCAGUGAACAGCACGGACAACGCACUCAAAGUUAUCAAUAAGCAGAAAAAGAUUUUGCAGGCGGUAACAUGUUUUUGUUGUGGGAAAAAAGGUCACAUGGCAAAAGAGUGUCGUUUUAAAGGGUAUUCAUGUAAUUCGUGCGGGAAAAAAGGACAUUUGUCAGUUCGUAAGGUUAAGGCUUCAAACAAAGGCGUGAAGGGUAAAUCACGAAAACAAAGUCGCGCGAAUGGUAAUGUUAAGAUUAAAAAUGUGAAUCCGAACAUUGUUAAAGAAUCGGAAGACUGUAAUGAUAGUCUAAAUAAUUUAUAUUGUAAUAAGGGUAUUAACGUGAAUAAUGUGAUUGGUUGUAUCGAACCAUUGAAAGUUAACCUGGAGGUGGAUAAUAAGUCAUUGUCGUUUGAAAUAGAUACAGGAUCACCGAUUUCGGCAAUUUCAAAGAAAGAUUUUGAUAGGCUUAAACCGUUUGAGAAUGCGGAAGUGUUGAAAAGUUUGCGAACUUUUAAGGCGUAUACGGGUAAUCCAAUAGUUCCUCUGGGUAUAUUGAAGGUUAAGGUAACUUUUCAAAAUAGAAGCAAAGUUCUUGAAUUGUUUGUCUUAUCAGGUAAAAGCGCACCUAUUGUUGGUCGUAAUUGGCUUAAGGCCUUAGAUAUUAUUCAAUUUGAUGUGGCAUCUGAAAAAUUGUCAGUUAGGACAGUGAACGAAAAACAAAAUGAUAUUUGCAAAAGGUUUGAGUCACUUUUUUCUAAUCAAAUUGGUCGUUAUACGAAAAAGAAAUUUAAAUUGCAUCUCAAAGAAGGAGUCAGUCCGGUAUUUUGUAAACCAAGACCAGUACCUUCCGCGUUAAGGGCGAAAGUUGAAAAUGAAAUUGAUCGUUUAGUUAAAGAGGGUAUUUUAGAAGCGGUGGAAUAUAGUGAUUGGGCAACACCGAUAGUACCAGUAUCAAAAGUUAACGGUCAGAUACGCUUAUGCGGAGAUUAUAAGGUUACGUUAAAUCCUCACUUAUUAGUGGAUAAACAUCCUAUUCCGAGGGUAUCAGAUUUGCUUACAAAGCUAAGUGGAGGUACGGUAUUUACCAAGUUAGAUUUAGCUCAGGCUUAUCAACAAGUAGUGUUGGAUGAGGAAUCAAAGUUUCUUGUCACAAUAGCAACUCAUAAGGGGUUAUUCAAAAGUAAUCGUUUAAGUUAUGGCGUAGCGUCAGCAUCAGGGUUAUUCCAGCGUGAAAUGGAUAAGAUUUUUCAGGAUUUGGAUAUGGUAGCUAUUUUCUUUGACGAUUUAGUAGUUACAGGAGCUACUCAUGAAGAGCACGAUAGAAAUUUAACGUAUGUCUUGAAAAGGUUACAAGAUUGUGGUUUAACGCUAAGUAAAGACAAGUGUGCGUUUGCACAAAGUAAUAUAGAAUUUUUAGGAUUCGAGUUAAAUGCACAGGGCAUACAGGCGUCGAGUAAAAAGGUUGACGCAAUAGUGAAUAUGAAAAAACCUGAUAAUUUGUCAGAACUUAAGUCAUUUCUGGGUAUAAUUAAUUAUUACUCGAAGUUCAUUAAGGAUUAUUCUGAUUUGUUGAGCCUAGAGAACCUCUAG